AUGUCGUCGAAGGCUGCCAAUAAUAAAAAGAUGAAGAAGUUAACGCCUGAGAAACGGCAGGCGUUUGUGCGCCUGAACAACGCUAAACAAGUUGGCAAUUAUGAAUUGCCGGACACGGUUACUUCGAAUGGGAAAGGAAAGGGAAAGAGCACCGAACCUGACCAUCGGAUUCCCUGCCCCGGUGUGCCGUCCACUCCUCCCCCAAGAAUACCUCAACCAUGGGAGAAGCUUCUGUGUGACGAAACGAUAAAGAAGGAUAUUGACGAUGACGUCAUCAAAGGCACGACUCGAUCGCCCGGACUGACAAAAGCUAGACGGAGAAAGAGGGUGCAGGAUAUGGAGAUGGACAAAACGCCGACUGCUUCUCGAGCGAAGUCUAGGAAGCGGGACAUAAAGCUCAGUUCGCCAACGGGAAAUCAAGUCAAGGAACGGCCUAGCACCCCGUUGGGUGACAUUGAGUUCCAAAAUUAUACGCUUACCUCCAGCAUUUUGGCUAAGGCGCUGGGUUCGGGCAGGAGCGCCAAAUCUAAGAACUCCCUCGAAAAUGAUGUUGAGAUCGAGCGCAACAUGGGGUCAGAGGCUAGUAGCGGAAGCGAAAUGGAUGUCGAGGAGGAGAAUCUUCUGAAGAACGCCAUCGCCAAGGAUCUGGAUGAGCCGAACCCCACGGAGGCCGUGGAACUCAUGCGCCUGGACGCCGAGGAGGACCAAGCCAUACGUGGUAUGGUCGAGAGCGACGCCGAUGUGUUAAAUUUUGAUUGGUCGUCGAAAUACAAAAAUUUCGAGGGUGUCAGGGAGGCAUUUAGUGGGCCGUCAGGCCCAACUUUCAACACCUCGGGGAUGUCUCCACUCCGCGUAUUUGAACAAAUCUGGAAUACCAGCAUUAUCGACCACAUUGUAACAGAAACUAACAAUUACGCACGUCAGCUUCAGGACCAAAGAGCUCAAAAACGCUCGUCGAGAAUAUCCCGAUGGAAGGAGGCUACCAGGGAGGAAAUAUGGCGUUUCCUCUCCAUUUUGAUGCUGCAAUCAUUAGUAGUCAACAACGUGGAAAAAGAAUACUGGUAUCCCAGCAAUGAUCAUUUGCGAAUAGGAAAUUUCAACAAGAUCAUGACCCACAACCGCUUCCUAUUGAUAAAGAGGUGCCUUCACUUUAUAGACAAUUCCUCCUUGCCUGCACGUCCCUCCAAACUGGACAAGAUCAUGCCCGUUAUUGCUCAUUUAAAUGAUAAAUUUAGCACUUUGUACCUUCCCGAGCAGAAUUUGGCAAUCGACGAGUCGCUCCUUCUAUGGCAGGGGCGACUCUCGUUUGCCCAAAAAAUUGCUACAAAAAGAGCUCGGGAAGGUAUAAAGAGUUAUGAAAUUUGCGAAUCCAGGACGGGCUACCUGUGGAAAAUGGAGAUUUAUACAGGCAAGCGUCAUCUUUAUGCCCCGCAAGAAGCGUGUCCGGUGCCUAUUGAAGGCCAGAAGGCGGAGCAUAGGCUAAAUAACGCCACAUCUCAAAUUGUUUUGAAUUUGAUGAGGCCAUUACUUGGGAAAGGGCACACCUUGGUCAUGGACAACUACUAUAAUUCCCCUUUAUUAUCCAGGCUCCUCAAAGCAAAACACCGAACUGAUACGAUGGGCACACUCCGGUUGAGUAGGGAGUUUAUCCCCGAGGGAUUGAAGACGAAAACUAAAAAAAAUAUGAAGUCGGGUGAAGUGUGCUUUAGCUCCACCAAAGAUAUCUGUGUGCUCGUGUACAUGGAUAAAAAUAUUGUGCCCAUGAUUUCGACAUUCCAUCCGCCCGAAGUCGGCGGAAAAUCCAAAUACGGGUACUACAAGUACAAGCCAAAAGUAAUUGCAGAUUACAACCUCUCGAUGGGGGGCAUCGACCAAAAAGAUCAGCUGCUCAGCAGUUACCCAAUAGAGAGGAACAGAAAUCUCAGCUGGUACAAAAAACUAUUUCGCCGACUUCUGAAUGUGUCUAUACACAAUGCGUCGGUGAUCUAUAACCACGGCCGCACAGGAUCUCACAAGUUAGUUAACAGAUCGUUCCGGCUCCAGCUUUUGACAGAAAUGCUGAAGAAGUACUCGCCUGACACCCCGCAAACACCCCAACAACCACAACCGCCACCGUCACAAAUGCACUUACCUGUGAAGGUAAAAACGCAGCGGUGCAGAUUAUGCUAUAGGAAUAAAGUGCGACGCACGACUGUGUGGCGUUGUGGCACGUGCCAGGUUAAUUUGUGCAUCGACGGGUGUUAUGCAGUGCACCAUAGAGAUUUAGAAAGUGAAUCACUAUAA